AUGGCCAAGGAACGGUGCCUUAAAAAGUCUUUUCAAGACAGUCUUGAAGAAAUAAAAAAACGAAUGAAAGAAAAAAGGAAUAAAAACUUGGCAGAGGUUGGCAAGCGAAAGUCUUUUAUCACUGCACCAGGCCAGAUAACUACGAACACUUCUGCGCUACUGAAAAACUACCAAGACAACAACAGAAUGUUGGUUGUAGCUUUGGAAAAUGAAAAAAGCAAAGUGAGAGAAGCCCAAGAUAUCAUUCUACAACUGAAAAAAGAAUGUUACUAUCUUACAUAUCAGCUCUAUAAAUUAAAAGAAAAGCUUAUUUCACAACAAACAGAAGAGCUUGAGCAGCAAAACCAAGAAUUAUAUCCCUCUGGAAUGGACCCCACAAGUGACGACAACAACUCUGGUGAUUUAUUUGUGAAGGAUUUAAUGCAAGUUCCUCAUCAAGAAGAAACUCAUCUUCCAGAUCAAAUAGAAUCAUGCCAAGUAGAAGAGCCAAUACCUACUAUUUCUCAUGAUAGACUGGAAUUUAAUUUGGAUUCAGAUGAAGUAAAGUGUAAUGAUAAUGCCUUACCUAGAACUGUAUCUCUCCGCCACAACGUAAAUAAAACUUUUAACAAUCUAGAUGAAUUCGAUACCUUGGAUAAUUUUGAAGUAAAUCACUUUUCAGUACAGUACUCUGAAUUGGAAAGACUUAGAUUUGCAGACCCACUAAUGAACAAACAUAUUUCUGCAAAUAGAGGAGGAAGUGCAUGUCAGUGGAAUACAGGUCAAAAUAGCCUAUCACCAAAGAUGAUUUGCCCAGAAAGAGCUACUAAAGAAAGGGAGGAUGUCUUAGAGUAUGAAUCUGCACAAAUUAAAAGUGAACACAGAGAUGUACAACGAAGAAAAAGAAAUAAGAAAAGGCGUGACAGGAGAAAAUCAAAAGGUGUGCCAAAGAAUAAACGUGCAAAUAAAAACCUCAUUUCUCAAGAAAACGCUCACAUUGAUGCUUACAAUUUUAAUGUGGAAGAGAGUGUUCAUCUUACUCCUUUCCGUCAAAAAACCCUCACAUCUGAAAGGGAAGAACACAACAGUGACUGUGAAGUGGACAGCAUCUGCCAAUCAGGUAGUUCAGAUGAUUCUGAUGACCUCUAUAUCCCCACUUGCAAGUACGAUCAAGAGCACUCCAGCCAGCCAAAUAGCCCCAUCACCAGGCAUCGAUCCAAGAGAGGACUAAAAUUUCCAGAUACAGAAAAUGAAGUGGAGGCCUCCAAGCCAGCAGAUAGUCCGAGCAGUGAACUACCUGAAACUCCUCAAUCGCCUCAUUUUAGCCUGAAGGAUAUCACCAAUGACCUCUCUCAUCCUGUAGUAAGAAUCAGAAAACUCUCUCUUUCUCCACAAAUGACUAAAGAAAGUCCAGCAGUAUCUCUGCCUAAGCGUAGAUGCACAGCCAGAGUGAACUAUAAGGAACCUACACUUGCUUCGAAGCUGAGAAGAGGGGACCCUUUUACAGAUUUGUGUUUCUUGAAUUCACCUAUUUUCAAGCAGAAAAGGGAUUCUAGGCGCAGUUCUAAAAGGAAAAAAAGUAUGCCCCACAUACGAUGA